AUGUUUCCCCGUCAUCCAAUGGCGCGGCGGAGUGUGGAGCCAUGGCGCUUCGGGAUCAUCAAAGCUCUGAUCCGAUCAUUCGACCAUGCAACUUCGUGUAACAAAGGAAUAAGUUCACCUCCCAUCCUUACGCUGCCAGCAUUGCCGGCUGCGGCGGGUGGCCCGAGCCUUAUGGCGCCUUUGAAUGCCACCGUCACAGGCCCAACCCUUGCCCAUCGACAACUGGAAUGCCUGACGAGGAACUGCACAGACAUGGGUGCUUCAGCUGCCACUCUCACCUUGAAGACCCCCUUCAAGAUGACGUUUCUGACGAUGGACUCCUCCACUCACUGCUGGCUCCUUGAGCCAGAGCACGAGCAAGUCCGCAACGCGUCCACGACACGAUCACGACCGACUCCCGUCGCACCGAGUCGCAUUGUACCGCAAAGAAUCUAG